AUGAAUGACGAAUUCUCUUCUGUGCCGGAAACACUGGGUGAACGAUUGGAACAUCUGAAAAAGAAAUACAGUGAAUAUAUAGCGCGAGAGCCGAAUGCGCCGGAAUGGUUCUCCCGCGACCACAAUGAAGAACAGCGAGGACCAGACGGUAUUUUAUGGUCCGCACCUUACGAUGUACGAUAUCCGCAGUGUAAGGCGACUCGACAUUGCUUCGACUACUAUGUAGAUUAUCACCGCUGCACCACAUUGCUCGGUGAAAAACACGACCCUUGCAAAUUUUUCCGAAACGUUUACAUGGAUUUGUGCCCCUUACAAUGGAUAGCGACGUGGAAUGAUCAGGUGAAACAGGGCAUUUUCCCUGCUAAAUUUAACCGAUAAAUCGAUCUCUUUUAUCUGAAUAGGAGUCUCUUAGGGCAUAAUUCUUCAAUGUCUUCGCAAUUCCUUCUAUUAUAUAUUGACUGUGUAUGACGCCUAUAUACUGAGCGAAGU